AUGAAAUAUCUUUUGGUUAUUAGUCUUUUAAUUUUUCCUUUUGUUCAACCAAAGUACUUUAUUACAUUUUAUGACAGUUUUAUUCAAGUUCUUAAUGAAGGACACUGUUAUUACAUUGAAUCUUUAAAACAAAGUUUUAGACCUUAUUUUAGAAGAGAAACAAUGAUAAGUGAAUUAUACAGUGAUCUUAAUUGUACUGUUUUCAUUGGAAAUUCAAGAUUAGAAGAUAUAGGAUAUUAUAUAAUGUCUGUUUCUUUUAUUUAUGCUGAUUUUCUUCCUGAUGGUUUAACUGCAAAUUUAAAGUUUGGAUGUAAUAAAACUUAUGGAAUUAAUCAAUACCAAUUAACUGGUUGUGUUCGUUUAGAGGAUACUAGUUAUUAUAUCAAUCAAUCAGUUGAAAAUAAUAUAUUUAUAACAAACUAUUACUCAGAACCUACUUGUACAUCAUUAAUUAAUAAAAGGGAAAUUCCAUGUUCAUCCUGUUUCUAUGAUCCAAUUUAUAAAAUUGAAAGAACCGUUGAUUGUUCACGUAUUUAUAAAAACAAGUAA